AUGUCUUUCGACAAAGUACAUCAGGAAAAACAUGCAGUUCUUUCCAAGGCUGUUGACGAGGUGUGUGAGGCAUUCACACUAACGUCGGAGAAACUACAUGAACUCACGGACUUCUUUGUAGCCAGCAUGGAAAAGGGGUUGGGGGAGGAAAAGGAAGACGCAGAAUAUCGCGGGUUGCCAAUGAUUCCCACGUAUGUGACAGGUCUGCCCAACGGAACAGAAAACGGGAUGCUACUGGCCGCAGAUCUUGGCGGCACCAACUUCCGUGUGUGUUCGGUGGAGUUGCAGGGAAACCAUAAAUUCUCGCUCUUGCAGAUGAAGAGCAAGAUCCCGGAAGAAUUGCUGGAAGACGACUCUGUCACGAGCGAUCAGCUUUUUGGGUAUCUGGCACGGCGCACACUGGCAUUUAUCAACAAGCACCACCCUGAGUAUUUGCAAAACAAAGAAAAACUGAAGCUUGGAUUCACUUUCUCGUAUCCCGUGGACCAGACGUCUCUGUCGUCGGGCACGCUGAUCCGCUGGACCAAGGGUUUCAAGAUCAAAGACACCUUGGGCGAGGACGUCGUUCAGCUGUACCAAAAACACCUAGAGGCGCAGGGUAUGCCCAUGAUUCGCGUGGUGGCUCUCGCCAACGACACCGUGGGCACCUUUCUUUCCCACUGCUACUGCUCCGAAAACAACGGAUCUCUUACCUCGGGUGAAAUUGUGGAACCAGUCAUGGGCUGCAUUUUCGGCACCGGCACCAACGGUGCAUACAUGGAGAAGAUCGAGAAUAUCAAAAAGUUGCCCGAGAAAGUGCGCCAAGAGCUGCUGCAGGCUGGGAAAACCCACAUGUGCAUCAACACCGAAUGGGGCUCAUUUGACAACGACCUCAAGCACUUGCCCACCACCCGAUAUGACAUUGACAUUGAUCAAAAGUUCUCCAGCAAUCCGGGAUUUCACCUAUUUGAGAAACGGGUUUCGGGGAUGUUUCUGGGCGAAAUCCUGAGAAAUGUGCUUGUUGACUUGUACCGCAAGGGCGUAAUUUUCCGCCAAUACCCCUCUGAAGAAGCUCUGCCACACAGAUUAAGAACACCAUUCGAUCUCUCCUCGGAGGUCUUAUCACACAUCGAAAUUGAUGAUUCCUCCCAGCUGCGCGAAACAGAGCUGUCAAUCUUACAAAGCAUGAGACUGCCCACGACGCAUGAGGAGCGCAUUGAGAUUCAAAAGCUUGUCCGCGCCAUUUCCCGCAGAUCAGCUUAUCUCGCAGCUGUUCCUAUCGCUGCGAUCUUAACGAAGACUGAUGCUUUGAAUAAGAGAUACCAUGGGGAGGUAGAAAUAGGGUGCGAUGGGUCAGUAGUUGAAUACUACCCUGGGUUCCGGUCGAUGAUCCGGCAUGCUUUAGCGUUGAGCCCUAUUGGGCCAGAGGGAGAGCGGAAAGUGCACUUGUGCAUUGCCAAGGAUGGUUCAGGGGUUGGUGCUGCUUUAUGUGCACUAGUGGCCUAA